AUGAAGACGAAGGCCAAGGUCAACAAGAAGAGCAAGCUCGUCGUGACCUUUGACGCAGACAAGCGCAAAGACUACCUCACGGGCUUCUCGAAGCGCAAGCAGGAGCGCCGGCGCUUCGGCCAUGACAUGGAAGCCUUCAAGAAGCAAAAGAUCCUCAUCGAGCAGCGCAAGAUUCGCAAGGCCGAGCAGAAGAAGCUCAUGGAGAGCAUCCCGGAAGUCGCUGAUGUCAAGCACGUCGCCGAGGACGACGACAAGGCGGUCGUCAACUUCGACGACGCCCACACACAAGACAAGUUCGGCAACGUCGUGACGGUCACGACGACCGUCGGUGAGCUCAAGAGCGACUCGGAGGACGAGCUCAGCGACGAGGAGCAAGAGCAGCUGCUGGCGCACCUCGCCAAGAAGAAGGAACGUGCGAACCGCGACAAGCAAAUGACGCUCUUCCAGCGGAUACAGCAGAAGCGCAAGGGCAUUGCGCUCCCGUCGAAGCGGUCCAAGAUGAAGGCCGCCCGCGAGAACGCGGCGCGCAACAAGGGCAAGGGCGCCAAGGUCGUCGUUUCCAAGAAGGGCGGGAAGGCCGCCGCCGAAGAAGAGGCGCCCAAGGAGCGCAAGAAGGGUCCGCAAAAGGGCAAGCGCGGCCGCAAGUAAGCCUGUAUACGACACCUCCUUUGCCAUGUCUGUAUCGUUCAACAUCCGAAUAUUGCUCGAG